UCGCUGUGACAACUUGCUCUGAUUUAAGUCAUGUCUCAGACUAGAAGUUCUUCUGUAAGAUCCUACAGUAGCCGCGCCCAGGUGUCCAAGAGUUAUUCUAGCUCUGGAGCUGCCGCAGGAUACGGAUUUAAAGGUCAUGGAGGUGGAAUUAGUCAGGCGUAUGGACAGUCUUUGAAGGCCAGCGGCAGCGCUGGAAUAGGUGUAGGGUCAGGGUCUGGGUUUGGGGCAGUGAGUGGAAGGUCCAUCUCAUCUGGUUUAAAAAUAGCUGCAGGUUCCAUUUCAGGUGCUGGAGGUUUGGCUGGAGGUUCUUUCUCUGCUGCUGAGGGUUUGGUUGGAGGUUCUGUCUCAGCUGCUGGAGGUUCUGUCUCGGCUGCUUUUAAGGCAGGUGGAGGAUCUUUCAUGGAUAACAUGGCAAACAUCGUCACUGAUAAACAGCAGCUGCAGGUUCUGAACGACCGCCUUGCCACUUACCUGGAGAAGGUGAAACGUCUGGAGUUCACAAACCGUGAUCUUAAUGAGAAACUCAGAUCAUUCACCCUCAAAAGAGUUCAAACUACCCAUGACUUUGGGCCGUAUCAAAUGCAGAUCAGACCUUUGCGUGAACAGAUUCUGGCUCUUAUUCAAGAAAACACCAAUAUUACUUUAUCCAUUGACAAUGCCAAACUGGCUGCCGAAGAUUUUAGACAGAAGUAUGAGACAGAGUUGGGCAUCCGUCAAUCUGUGGAGGCAGACAUAGCCAAUCUGAAAGUUCUGAAGAAAGAGUAUGAGACAACAUAUGAUGUGUUACAGCAUGAGCUCAGUGUCUUAACAAGUGAACUCAAAAAUGUUGAAGAUACAUACCAGCAGGAGAUGAUUGGACUUCGAGGGCAGAUUUCAGGCACAGUGACUGUGGAUGUGCAGGAGGUGGAGAGUACAGAUCUGGCACAAGUUCUGUCUGAGAUCCGUUCCGAGUAUGAGAUGGUCAUCGAGAGGAACCGCAAGGAGGCAGAACAAUGGUACACUAAACAGCUGGAGAAGAAAACCGCAGAGGUUGCGAUUGUCACCGAGACGACGGUCACUGGUGGUACUGAGAUCACAGAGAGCCGCAAACAGAUGUCUGGGUUGCAGACGCACUAUGACUCCAUAUUGGUAGAGAAAACCAACCUAGAGCAGCGUCUGACGCAGGUUCAGGGUCACUAUCAGGCACAGUUGUUUAAAUUGAGUCAGUUGGCUGGACGUCUUGAGGGGGAGCUCAUUUCCAUCCGUGAGAGUUCACUGCAGCAGAGUCGAGACUACCAGCUGCUCCUGAGCACUAAAGUUCAACUGGAAAGAGAGAUCAACACUUACAGAGCUCUGCUAGAGGGUGCCGGAGGGGCCGGAGGGGUCACAGGGCUCGCGACCAACUCACAGACUGUGGAUGUCAACAAAACUGUUUCAAUUGUUGGUUCCAGUGUCUCAACUGAAAAAGUGACAACAGACGUUGGAUUACAGGGUGGAAUUAACACCUCAUUCUUGAUUACUGGUGUGCAAUCUGGUGCUUCCACUUUAACUGGGGUUUCUACAGAAGAAUUGACAACAGAAUUUGGAUUACAGGGUGGAAGUAACGCCUCAGUCGUGAUUACCGGUGCACAAUCCGAAUUCACUUUAACUGGGGUUUCUACAGAAGUUGUGACAACAGAAUUGGAAACACAAGGUGGAAUUAACACCUCAUUUGCGAUUGCUGGUGAAGCAGUCACAACAGAAUUGGAAACACAAGGUGGAAUUAACACCUCAUUUGUGUUUGGUGGUGAAGCAGUCACAACAGAAUUGGGAUUACAGGGUGGAAGUGACGCUUCACUCGUGAUAACCGGUGCACAAUCCGAAGGUUCCACUUUAAUUGGGGUUUCUACAGAAGUUGUGACAACAGAAUUGGAAACACAAGGUGGAAUUAACACCUCAUUUGCGAUUGCUGGUGAAGCAGUCACAACAGAAUUGGAAACACAAGGUGGAAUUAACACCUCAUUUGCGAUUGCUGGUGAAGCAGUCACAACAGAAUUGGGAUUACAGGGGGGAAGUGACGCUUCACUCGUGAUAACCGGUGCACAAUCCGAAGGUUCCACUUUAAUUGGGGUUUCUACAGAAGUUGUGACAACAGAAUUGGAAACACAAGGUGGAAUUAACACCUCAUUUGCGAUUGCUGGUGAAGCAGUCACAACAGAAUUGGAAACACAAGGUGGAAUUAACACCUCAUUUGCGAUUGCUGGUGAAGCAGUCACAACAGAAUUGGGAUUACAGGGUGGAAGUAACGCUUCACUCGUGAUUACCGGUGCACAAUCCGAAGGUUCCACUUUAAUUGGGGUUUCUACAGAAGUUGUGACAACAGAAUUUGCAACACAGGGUGGAAGUAACGCCUCAUUCUUGAUUACUGGUGCACAGUCUGAUGUUUCCACUGCAGAAGUAGUGACAAACGAAAUUGCAACACAGGGUGGAAUUAACACCUCAUUCGUGAUUGCUGGUGCACAGUCUGAUGUUUCCACUGCAGAAGUAGUGACAUCCGAAUUUGGAUUACAGGGUGGAAGUGACGCUUCAGUUGUGAUUAUCGGUGCGCAAUCCGAAGCUUCCACUUUAACUGGGCUUUCUACAGAAGCUGUGACAACAGAAUUUGCAACACAGGGUGGAAUUAACUCUUCAUUCGUGAUUACUGGUGCACAGUCUGGUGUUUCCACUGCAGAAGUAGUGACAACCGAAUUUGCAACACAGGGUGGAAGUAACGCCUCAUUCUUGAUCACUGGUGCUCAGUCUGGUGGUGCCACUCUAACUGGGCUUUCUACAGGAGGAGUCACAACAGAAUUUGGAACACAGGGUGGGAGUAACGCCUCAUUCUUGAUUACUGGUGCUCAGUCUGGUGGUCCCAUUCUCACUGGGAUUUCCACAGAAGCAGUGACAACAGAAUUUGCAACACAGGGUGGAAGUAACGCCUCAUUCUUGAUCACUGGUGCUCAGUCUGGUGGUGCCACUCUAACUGGGCUUUCUACAGGAGGAGUCACAACAGAAUUUGGAACACAGGGUGGGAGUAAUGCCUCAUUCUUGAUUACUGGUGCUCAGUCUGGUGGUCCCAUUCUAACUGGGGUUUCCUCAGAAACAGUGACAACACAAUUUGCAACACAGAGUGGAAGUAACGCCUCAUUCGUGAUCACUGGUGCUCAGUCUGGUGGUGCCACUCUAACUGGGCUUUCUACAGGAGGAAUCACAACAGGAUUUGGAACACAGGGUGGGAGUAACGCCUCAUUCUUGAUUACUGGUGCUCAGUCUGGUGGUCCCAUUCUCACUGGGGUUUCUUCAGAAGCAGUGACAACACAAUUUACAACACAGGGUGGAAGUAACGCCUCAUUCUUGAUCACUGGUGCUCAGUCUGGUGGUGCCACUCUAACCGGGCUUUCUACAGGAGGAAUCACAACUGCAUUUGGGACACAGGGUGGACUCAUAAUAACUAAUACUCAAUCCGAAGGUGCUGUUUUAACUGAGGUUUCGGCAGGAGGAGUGGUAGCAGAAGCUGGUUUUCCUAACUGAAGGCUUUGAUGGAAGAUCUCCCAUGCUUUCUCCAACAUGGGGGUCUCAGGAGUCUUCAAGGUCUGGGUGAUGUCAUCAACGAGUUUAACCAAUCAUUUGUCACCCAACACCGUUUUGCUCUUUGUAACUGUGUGUCACACAUAAAUAAAGCCAAACGUACAACUCUUGUACUGCUCUGAAGAA